AUGGCCGGGCCAUCGUCCUACCACGCAACCGCUGAACAGGAAGCUUCCUUCACCUCUUCCUCUCCACCCACUUCCUCCUCCUCUCGCCCGAGCACAUCCUCACACCCAUCCGCCUCAAGCAGUCGGAGCAAUCUUCCUCAGGCGCCGCCGCCCGGCCGGAUACCGCCACCGAAGGGACGGUCACUGCAUGCCGCGGGGCAGAAGCUCGGCUUGGGCAGGCGCAAGGACAGGGACAAGAAGAAGAAAGAUGACGGCGAUGAGGAGUGGACGCUGGAGGAUGGCGCUAUAGGGAGAGCAAGCGUUGAUGGUGAGCGGGAGGAGCUGCUGUCGAUGGACAACUCCCAGAUGACAGAGAAGCCAGCAAAGGAGUCCAAGGGGAAGCGGCUGGCGCACAAGACAUCACAGCUAUUCUCGAGGAAGGAUAAGGAUAAGGACCGGCCGGCCGACGAUAGCCAGUCCAACCUCAAUCUACCUACUACGAGUCGCCAGACCUCUUACUCGUCGGUCGCUUCUGGCGAGUCAAGUAGGACGAACGGGUCCUCCAAUCUCUCCUCCAAUAUCCAGCGUCCUCCCUCGAAUCCCUCUCGACAAUCGUCGGCAAUGUCGGUCCCGGUCGAGCCAAAAAGACAGCACUCUCGCCGGAUUUCCCAAGAUUCCCAAAUGUCGUGGCACGGCAUACAGCGCACCAUACGCUCGGGCUCCUCAUCCGGCGAUUCGCCUACGGAAACGCAUCUCCCCAUUCCUCGCCGCCAGUCAUCCAAUCUCAGCGCCUCAGUGCCCGCACUAUCUCGCAACGCCCUACCUCAACCCGGACCCCAUCUCGCCCCAUCCUCCAUGUCCACCCGGAUGUCUUCCUGGUUCACCCAUCUCAUAUCUACCUCAUCCUCCCCGGAAACAGUCGUUGCUGCUUCUCCGGAACCCCCUUCCCCAGCGCGGAAGCCUACAUCUGCUGCAGCUAGCUUCCUCAAUGCCGCUCGGCAGCGCGCCGUAGAUGGGGUCCGGAACCUCUUGCUGGACACGGAGGCGCAGCCGGACAAAUCGGCGGAACUCAUCUGGCUUAUGGGUACACCCCAUCCAGGCUAUGUGGCGGCCUCGCCCCUUCCGUCGCCCUCUGUGGAGCUUCCGGACCCUCUCGAAGAGCGACGCGGGUCGGGCUCGUCUGGCCGUCCCUCACCGCCAUCAAAAUCGGAUUCUCUGCGGCCAGCGGCAUGGCCCAAGAAGAAGGAUACAGGUCCGAUGUCUCCGCCAAAUCGAUCUCUAGGACAGCUGUUGACAGGCUCGGCGAUAUCGCUCGGUUCGCCGGGGAAGCAGGACGGUAGCGCGGAAAGUCCCGGCAGGAGGAAAGCAGCAGGCAAGGAGAAGGAGGUGCUGAAGUGGCCAGAUGCUUUCUACGACGACUUCCGGACCCGAGUCUGGUGCUCCUAUCGCGGCCAAUACGCACCCAUCCUUCCACUCCCUCAGAGCCUUCUCAUCCCAUCUCCAGGGGCCUAUUACUCCGCCUUCGCCUCUUCCUCUAGUACCGCACUCUCAUCCUCGCCCGUCGAUGUUGCAGGCCAGGCGGGUCUAGCGACGAAGCCUUCUUCCUGGGGCUGGUCCAAGCCACCAGAAGAGAGGGGGCUGACGAGCGAUGCUGGGUGGGGGUGCAUGUUGCGGACGGGCCAAAGUUUGCUUGCCAACGCGUUGAUCAACCUACAUCUCGGUCGAGAAUGGCGAAUUCCACCUACGAAACCCAUCUUCGACCCCUUAGAUCCAGCGACUCUUCCCGAGGCCGAGGCAUAUGCUACCUACGUCCGCAUCCUCUCCUACUUCAUGGACGACCCCUCCCCGCUCUGUCCCUUCUCUGUACACCGCAUGGCUCUUAUUGGCAAAGAGCUAGGCAAGGAAGUCGGGGAAUGGUUCGGCCCAUCCACCGCUUCUGGGGCACUCAAGACGCUAGCGGAUGCGUUUCCGCCGUGCGGGCUGGCGGUGUCGACCGCUACGGAUGGGAUAGUGUACAAGAGCGAUGUGUAUGCUGCGUCGCACCUGCCGGAGGGGGAUUGGGGUGGAGAUGGAAAGGACGCACGAAGUGUGGCGGGGAGAUGGGGUCACAAGGCGGUCUUGAUUCUAGUAGGACUGAGAUUGGGUUUGGACGGUGUGAAUCCGAUCUAUCACGAUAGCAUCAAGGCUCUAUUCAAAUUCCCUCAAUCAGUCGGUAUCGCUGGCGGAAGACCGAAUACAUCGUACUACUUUGUCGCAUCGCAAGGCAAUUACCUAUUCUACCUCGACCCCCACUUUACCCGCCCAGCCGUCCAGCUCGAGAUCCCUCCGGCUGCGACUGGUAUCUCAGCACAGCCGCGCUCGUCCGCCGAUACCGGGGCGUCCAGCGUGGCUCCUGUGCUGGAGACGCCGCUGGACGUGGACGAACCACCUCGGGCUCGGAUGGACAUGAUCGACGUCGAUGACAUCUCGGAUGACUCGGACGACUCACUUUCCCCAACAAAGAACCGGCCCAAACGCGGUCGGCACGCCAAGAAGCUCAGCAUCGCCCAGUCCAUCCCGCGCGAGUCACCGCCCCUUCCUUCCCGUACAACGUCAACUCCUACCACCCCCAUUCCCCCAAGCUCGAGCAAGACAGCGGACGUCUUCGACGCUCCCCAACCCUCCACCUCCGCUCGCGACAUCGACGUGUCAACCGACACCGGCGAGGCCCCACUCAUGGACCCCCAGACCGCAUGGUACAUCGACGCUUACACCGAAACCCAGCUCCGGACCUUUCACAGCGACAAGGUCCGGAAGAUGCCGCUUUCUGGGCUGGACCCCAGUAUGCUUCUGGGCUUCCUGGUACGGGAUGAAGCGGACUUUGAGGACUUCUGCAGGCGUGUAUCGAGCUUACCUCAGAAGAUCUUUUCGGUCCAGGAGGAACCUCCAACGUGGGAUGACGAUGAUGCCGCCGGUCUCGAAUCGGUGUCGGAGCCGGAUCUAUCGGAUGAGGAUGGGUUAGCGCGGCCGAUACCAGGUGGAGACGAGGAGGAGCUACUCGCGGAUCCCGAGCUCGUCACUCUGGACACACGACCCACACUUCGACAGGCGCCCAAGGUUUCGGUGGAGGAGGAUGAGUGGGAUGCUCCCUCCCCUAUCCCUAUUCUCGGCGGCGUUAUCGACCGCUCCGCCACGCCAAGUAGCAUCCCCGUUCUCGUCGAGCGCCCAUCGAUGGACAUGCCAAAGAACGCCAUACCGGCUUCUCCUUCCCUUGGGAGGGGUCAGGGCGGUAACGGGGACGGAAGAGCUUUGAUGGAUGAAGGGGAGGAACAGAGAGGAGGGGAAAGUGGCGGUCGGGAAGAGGAGGAGGAUAUGGCGACGAGUAUGGAUAUGGGGCAGCCGAGGAGGCCGGCGCAGGGUGCGCGGGGAAUGAUGAGGCAAAGGACGGAUUCUUGGGUCAAGCCGGAUCGGCCGGAUGAUAUCUAG